CAGGCGGCCCCGGGGGCCUCAAUGUGAUAGGCCGCCGUGAGCGCCCGCCAUGGAGCCGCAGAAAGAGGCGCGAACACCCGGGGACCCCAUCGAGCGGCCGCCUGGGGCCUCGAGGUCUCAGACACCUAACGAGGAGAAGCGGCGGGAGCGCGGCGCAGCGGCGGCUGCCCUGGGCGCGGAGGCGGAAGGCUCCAGUGCGGACGGGCUGUGGGAACUACCGGUGGAGCCGACCGAGCGGAGGCCCGAGUGCAGCCGCUGCAGCCGGCCUCAGAAAGUAUGUUUGUGUCCAUUUCUACCAGUGCAUCCUCUGCACAUCUCUACCCACUUGUACAUAAUUCAGCAUCCAGCAGAGGAAAACAAAGUGUUGCGGACAGUUCCUCUACUAGCAGCAUGCCUCCCCCAGGACAAGUGUAAAGUCAAGAUUGGUCGUCGCUUCAGUGAAGAAAGAGAUCCUGAACUUUCAACUGUUUGUCGGAAGUCUGGUACAUUAAUAUUAUAUCCAGGGGCUGAAGCUGCUAAUUUGGAAGAAUUUAUAUUAGAUUCUCCUAUUUAUCCUUCCACAAUCAUCAUCAUUGAUGGUACAUGGAGCCAGGCUAAGGACAUUUUCUAUAAGAAUUCCUUAUUCCGAUUGCCCACUCAGGUGCAGUUAAAAACUAGCGUUUCUAGUCAGUAUGUAAUUCGGACACAGCCAACUAAUAGGUGCCUUUCUACACUGGAGUGUGCAGCUAUUGCUCUUUCCAUCUUGGAGAAAAAUAGUUACAUACAAGAGACUUUGCUUCGCCCUCUUCAAGCUUUAUGCUCUUUCCAGCUUCAGCAUGGUGCUCAGAUUCGCCUCAGCAAGGAACACCUUCUGAAAAACGGAAUAUAUCCUAAGCCGAUGCCAAAGAACAAACGCAAACUCAGGAAAAUGGAACUGUUAAUGAACAGUGUUAAAAUUUAGUGCAGUUGUUCUUAUGGUGCUAGUUAUGGUGUCUUCAGCUGACAAUACUAAGUUAAGUCUUCAUACAAUUUAAGUCUGUGGGCUUUUGACUGUCUAAAGAAUGAGAGUUGCAUACUAAACUUACCCAGAAGAAGAAAGUAAACCAAAUAGCUGUAAAGAGACAGACACACACAAAAAUUACUGACUCAGUAAAAAGCAAGAUUUCAUACUAUGUUUAUUUUUAAAAAUGUGCCUCUAUUACGUUUUUUAAAAUCCGUAAUUUGAAAUGUGAUUAGUUGUUGAGUUGGGUUAGAAGUUCUUAUGGAAGGAAAUUGUUCUGCCUGAUUGGGACAGUAUUAUUUCCAUUAAUGAUUAUAGGAUAAUUAGGUAUAGACCUAUAAUAGAGGAUACCUACGUCAAUUUGCAAAAUUGUAUGUGAACUUUAUAGUUUGAAAAUAAUGAUAAUCAAGUAGUUUAGAUUGAACUUAUUUCAUAAAAUAGUAUAACAGAAUAAGGAAACUAUUCUUUAGGGACUAAACUUGAACUCAGUUAAUGUGAUUAGGUGUUCUAUUAAUUGCCAUAAUUUUUUUCUAUUAAGGUCUAAUUGACAUAUAACUUUGUUUUAGUUUCAGGUGUACAACAUAAUGAUUUGAUGCAGUCAUGCGUCACUUACUGACAAGGAUAUGUUCUGAGAAAUGCGUCAUUAGGGAAUUUCAUCCUUGUGUGAACAUCAUAGAGUGUACUUACACAAACCUAGAUGGGGUAGCCUACUACACACCUAGGCUAUAUAGUACUAAUCUUAUGGGACCACUGUUGUAUAUGCAGUCCAUCAUUGACCGAAAUGAUGUUAUGUAGUGCGUGACUGUAUUUGUAUUCUUUGUGAAAUGAUCACCAUGGUAAGUCUAAUUAACAUCUGUCACCAUACAUAGUUACAACAAAUUUUUUUCUUGUGAUAAGAACUUUUGAGAUUUAUUCUCAGCAACUUUCAAAUAUGCAAAUUAACUGUAGUCACCAUGCUGUACAUUACAUCCCCACGACGUAUUUAUUUUAUAACUAGAAGUUUAUAUCUUUUGACCUCCUUCACCCAUUGUGCCCACCCCCUGCCUCUGGCAACCACCAGUCUGUUCCUUGUAUCUAUGAGCUUUUUUUUUGUAGAUUCCACUUAUUAGUGAUAUCAUGUGGUAUUUGUCUUUCUCUAUCUGACUUAUUUCACUUAGCAUAAUGCCCUCAAGGUCCAUCCAUGUUGUUGCAAAUAGCAAGAUUUCCUUCUUUUUUAUCACUGAAUAAUAUUCCGUUGUAUGUAUAGACCACAUUUUUUUUCUUUAUAUAUUCAUCCACUGAUGGACGCUUAGGUUGUUUCUGUAUCUUGGCUAUUGUAAAUAAUGCUGCAGUGAACAUGAGGGUGCAUAUAUCUUUUCAAGUUAGUGUUUUUGUUAUCUUUGGGUAAAUACCCAGAAGUGGAAUUGCUGGAUCAUAUGGUAGUUCUAUUUUUAAUUUUUUGAGGAGCCUCCGUAUUGGUUUUCAUAGUGGCUGCACCAAUUUACAUCCCCACCAGCAGUGCACAACGGUUCCCUUUUCUCCACAUCCUUGUCAACGCUUAUUAUUUCUUGUCUUUUUUGAUAAUAGCCAUUUUAACAGGUGUGAGGUGAUAUCUCAUUGUGGUUUUGAUUUGCAUUUCCCUGGUGGUCAGUGAUGUUGAGCAUCUUCUCAAAUACCUGCUGGCCGUCUGUAUGUCUUCUUUGGAAAAAUGUGUAUUCAGAUCUUCUGCCCAUUUUUUAAUAGGAUUGUUUUUUUGCUAUUCGGUUGUAUUAGUUCUUUAUAUUUUUUGGAUAUUAGCCUUCUGUCAGAUAUGUGACUUACAAAUAUUUUCUCUCAUUCAGCAGGUUGCCCUUUCAUUUUGUUGAUAGUUUCCUUUGCUGUGAAGAAUCUUUUUAGUUUGAUGUAGUCCAUCUUCUUUAUUUUUGCUUUUGUUGCCUUUGCUUUUGGUGUCACAUUCAAAAAAUCAUCGCCAAGACCAAUGUCAAGGAGCUUACUGCCUAUGUUUUCUUCUAGGAAUUUUAUGGUUUGAGGUCUUAUGUUCAAGUCCUUAAUCCAUUUUGAGUUAAUUUUUGUGUAUGGUGUAAGAUAGUGGUCCAAUUUCAUUCUUUUGCCUGUGGCUGUCCAGUUUUCCCAGCACCAUUUAUUAAGAGACUAUCCUUUCCUUAUUGUAUAUUCUUGGCUCCUUGUCGUAAAUCAAUUGACCUAUAUGCGUGGAUUUAUUUCUGGGCUUUCUAUUCUGUUCCAUUGAUCUAUGUGUCUGUUUUUAUGCCAAUACCAUACUGUUUUGAUUACUAUAGCUUUGUAAUACAGUUUGAAAUCAGGGAGCUUGAUACUUCCGGCUUUGUUUUUUUUCCUCAAGAUUGCUUUGGUUAUUCGGAGUCUUUUGUGGUUCCAUACAAAUUUUAAGAUUGUUCUAUUUCUGUGAAAAAUGCCGUUGGAAUUUUGAUAGGGAUUGCAUUGAAUCUGUAGAUUGCUUUGGGUAGUAGCCCUAAUUUUUAAAGAGGUGCAUAUAAUUUUGAAAUAGCACACAUUUUCAUUUGUAAUCACUGGAUAAGUUUAGAUUUUUCAGUAUUCAUUGAAUAAGUUUAUUGACUGUGACAAACUAGUUAUGUUGAAGUUUUCAUAUGGAAAUAACUGAAGUAGGAUAUAAUACAGCUGUAAUUUCAAGAACAUAUUUCUGUAACUAGGGCUAUUUAAAUCUUUUUUAGUGGGCAAAAACUUUGAGAGAAUAAAGUUUUUCCACCCCCUUGGGAAAAUAUUUACUGAGAUUUUGUAUAGAAUAAGAGAUAUAUAUGUAGUAUAUAUUUAUAUCCAACUUAAAUCU